GGCUAUUGUCCCAUUGAGCUAAAAUCUAGGCAUUGGGCUCAGUGAGCAAACAAACGCAAGUCUUCAUGUCUCAGGCAAGAUUACUGAUCACAUUUUACAGAACCACCUUCAUUACACCUGCAAAGCCUUAAACUUUACUGCACAGCACAGCACAUCGACAAGACUAUGCACUUUGUUUUAUGGCAACAAUUAUGACGUAAUCAGAGUGAUUUGAGUUCCAUUGAGGAGAUGUAUCUGUCUGGAUUCCGGAAGCCUUGGAAUCACUGGGUGGUAAAACAAAGGGACUUUGGCCAAAGGGAAUUGCUGUGUCUUGUGAGUGACGGAUGCUUCCAGAACAGCACUGGACUGAAUAGCACAGACGGGAAUGCACAGAAGACAUCCCCACUCAGUGGAAAUAUUCAAAUAAAGAACUCCGUCUUUUGAUGCCACCUGACUUUACUGCCAGUCCAUUCAGAUGCGGAGGUUGCCUAAGGUAUCGCCAUGGAGACGAUGAACACCCUGAGGAAGAGCCAAUCACUGAGGAGCCUGUCUGGAUUUGGGGUUAAGGAAAGGUCAUGGGAAACAUCAAAGUCCUCUCUCUGGGAUAACAAGAAGUCUGUCUCUCAGCUCGUACAACAUUACCAGAGCUGUGUGGAACUAAGCACUUCUGAAACCAAUGAAGAAAAGAUAAAGGUUUGUAAUGCGUCCCUGUCAUUCAGUUCCCCCAGAGAUGAGAUGUCAGUGGGCCUUGUUUCUCCUUGGAGGAGGUUAGAGAGCCGGGGGGACCAGGUGGACCGUCUGGGUACUGACUCUGGUUCUUUCCUGCUGUCUCGGAGUCGCUCCAUGGACCAUCUUCCCCAGCGGGACCGAGCUCCGGAGGGGACCAGCGCCCUGCGAGCCCUGUUCGAGUCCAAGGCCACCCUGCAAGAGGACUUCUACAGUUCCACCAGGCUGAAUAUAGUCUCUCCAGCCAGCAGGAUGGUGGCAGGGAUUCAGUCUAGUGAGAUGGAGAAAGAUCGCCCUCUGGGGGCUAGGAGGGGUUACAGCACUGAAGAGGACAACACUCAGCGUGCUGUUCAGGGCAAGAGGAGGAAGACCAUUAGUGGUGUCCCAGAGUCUUCCGUCAGGGGUUCCAGAAUUACAACACCGGAUGACAAGAGGAGUCUCCAGCUGAGUUAUAGAGACACCCCGUCAAGACAAGGUCGAGACAGAGAGAGGACCUCCAGCUCAGUGAGAGACAGAUCAGCUCUAUACCUGUCAAGAGUAGCAGCUGCCGAAUCCCCGGGAAGCUCCACACACACAAAAUCCAGCAGUUCCUCAGGAAAGAGGACUACAGGCAGCAAGAUGGCCGAGAUAGCCCCAAAAAACACAGUUUCAGAAGCAUGUCACGAGGAAGAUGACCUGCCUCUGCCUCCACCUCCCCCUAUCCCACCCAGACCUCAGAACUAUGAAGAGUCCACAGCCGUAGGUGGCCCCAACCAAGCCUCCAUCCCCGUGCCCCCACCAAAGGAAACCUUCUCGACAUUCUACCAACAGCGACAGAAGAAUGAGCUGAAAAGACUCUUCAAACACAUUCACCCAGACCUGAGGGAAAACAUCAAUGAUGUAGUCGAUGAUGAGUUGGUUGCGGCGAUGCAAUCCGGAGGUGCCCAGACUGCAGCUGAUGCGGGGUACCAGGGUGAGGUCCAGUCCAUGAGGUGGAUCUUUGAGAACUGGACCCUGGACAACAUCGGGGACCACCCCCACAUGACCAAGAAGCUUCUGGAAGAUGAGACUCUUCAAGGCGGUGAUGUCAGAGGAACAUCCUCCAUGUUCGAGCACUGCAUGGUGGACGGAACCCAACAGAUUGUCCAAAGGCAGAGUUCUGUCCGAGGGGAUGUCCGGACAUCGACUUGGCUGUUUGAGACCCAGCCCAUGGAUACACUCAACAAACUCCAGCCAGAGGAGGGCGAGCUGGUCGAGGCUGUUCUCAAGGAACCGAUGCAGAUUGGAGACGUGAGAGGAACUCGGCUACUCUUUGAAUCCAAGCCACUGGACGCCUUAGGCCGUUGUAGCUCUGUAGAGGACCAGAGCUUCCUCAAGCUGAAGUCAGAACUCCAGGAGCAGAAAGGAGAUGUGAGGAAGACAGUGAAGCUCUUCCAGGCUGAUCCUUGCUGCGCCCUCCGAGACGCAAGCGGCAACAUCCACAAGAUUAAGUCCAUCUGCAGAGAGGAGAUCUGUAGCAGCAACAUUAGCACGGCACGCUGGCUCUUUGAAACUAAGCCUCUGGACAUCAUCAACAAGGGGACAUCUGGGAUGCAGAUCAUCCGGGGGAUAUCGCUGGAGGAAGGGCAAAAAGGAGGGGUGGACAGGAAGAGAUGGAUGUUUGAGACUCAGCCGUUCAACUCCAUCCGAGAGGAAGGCAUAGAAGACCGGUUUCAGGGGACAGUGGUCGAAGUUGUGCCUGACGCUGAUGUUGGGAACAAACUAAAGAUGUUUGAGACCCAGCCCUUGGCAGCACUGAAAGGAGACUCCACAGAAGUAGCUCUGGAGAAGGAGGAGAUACUUGGAGGAGAUGUCAAAUCCUCCCUCUGGCUGUUCGAAACACAACCCAUGGAAACAUUGAAGGAAUGCUAUGAAGUUGGGCAUUUGAAGAAAGUGAUCCUCUCUACUGAUGAACAAGGAGAAGUCAAAGGCAAAAAGCACAUGUUCGAGAACUACAACAUUAGAAAAGAGACCUUAGUCGGAGCAGAAAUCCCAAGUAAAGAUCAUGAGAUUGAGAAGGGUGACGUUAAAUCAUACAAGCAUCUCUUCGAAACAAUUCCCCUUUGCAAUAUCACCCAAUCUCAGGAGGAAGUGCUGAACGGAAAUACAGAAAACGACAUCACGGCAGGAGAUGUGAAAGGAAACAGAACGCUCUUCGAGACAACACCAUUAUAUGCGAUCAAAGACUGCACUGGGAAUUUCCACGAGGUCACAACGGUCAACAGAGAGGAGUCCAUCAAAGGAAGUGUCCAAAAUUACAAGUGGAUGUUCGAGACCAAGCCCAUUGACCAGUUUGAGGAGGGAAAGAAGAAUGUUGAGGUUAUCAAAGGAAUCACCAGGCAGGAGGAUAGGUCAGGAGAUGUCAAGAUGACCAAGUGGCUCUUUGAGACACAGACCAUUGAUGGCAUCCAUUCCAAGUUCAACCAGUCGGAGCAGCAGCCUAAUUCAACAGAGCAACAGAAGGAGACUAGGAAAGGUGAUGUCAAGACCUGCAAGUGGCUGUUCGAGACUCAGCCUGUGGACAUCUUGUACGACAAAUCAGAAAAGAUCCCAGAUAAAGAAGAAGAGAUUGAGAAUACCAAUGUGAAGUCUGUCACUUGGCUUUUUGAAUCACAGCCUCUGGAUAGCAUUAAAGACAGUGAGGAGCAAAGUUUUAAAUUAUGCAGUACCAGUCAGGAUGGUGUCAAGGCUGAGGUUGGUGUGAAAACAGUGAAGCACCUUUUCGAGACAGAGACUUUAGAUAGGAUAAGGAAGGACACAGACACAGAGCAAGAUGUUAGAUAUGUCAGCGAGUUGCAUGUCCAGUCUGGUGAUGUCUCUAGGGUCAAGGAGAUCUUUGAGUCCAAGUCCUUAGAUGAAAUAGGUUCAGAGUCUAUAAAAGUGUGUGAUGAAGACGAAAGCAUUCAGAAAGGAUCCGUGCGUAAAUGCACCUGGCUUUUUGAGAACCGUCCCAUCAACACGAUAAACGACAAGGAGGAAAUGGCCCAGACAUGCUGUGUCAACGACAUCGAGGGUGGUGACGUCCAUAACAAGAAGUUCAUCUUCGAAACAUUCUCUCUGGACAAGAUCCAUGAUAAAGAUCAGUUUCUGGAACACAAGUCGGAAUCCGUGGAAAAGCCAGUGAGCAACGUCAACGUCAAGUCCAGCACCAUGCUAUUUGAGUCCCAGCCACUGUACGCCAUUAGAGACAAGGAAGGCCAGUUCCACGAGGUUACCACAGUCCAGAAGGAGGAAGUGAUGAGUGGCGAUGUGAGAGGAGCUCGGUGGAUGUUCGAGACGAAGCCCCUCGAUGCCAUCAAAGCGGAAAAGGAGAUCUACGUGAUCCGAGCUGUCACCCAGGAAGACGUAAAAAAGGGCGAUGUCAAGUCAGCCAGGUGGAAGUUCGAGACCCAGCCUCUGGACUCCCUAACAGCUAAGGAGGAAGACCAGGAACCCACAGUCAAGGUUGUGGAAGACUUCGGAAACCGAACUGUGAAGCUCAACAAACAGCUCUUCGAGUCUGACCAGUCAGCCAGUAAGAAGUGUGUGAGGAUGGUUAGUGUGACAGACGUUCAGCAAGGCGAUGUCAGGACGUCCACCUGGCUCUUUGAGAACCAGCCCAUCGACAGGCUGAAGGGAGAACCAGAGGAGCAGGGCCCUGUCCAGAUGGUCCACAGGGAAGACAACCAGAAAGGAGAGGUGAAACGCUGCACGUGGCUGUUUGAAUCCCAGACACUGGACAAGAUCAAGGAUCCUGAAUCCAAUGUGAAUGCAGCACAGGUCAUUGAGGAGGAGAUCCCAAAAGCAGAUGUGAAGAGCACAACCUGGCUGUUCGAGACCACACCAUUAGACAAAAUUGUCACAGUUGAAAGUGUGAUUGACACGUUGUCUCGUCUACAUCAGCUUGAAUUCAUCCACUCAAGUGGAAUCUUAAUAGAGGCAAAAGAGAUCACAAACGUCAACAUGGUGAAAUACCAAUUUAUUAAAACCGAGGGAGCACAGAUUCAGAAGGAGGAGAUAGUUGAAGGGAACAUCAGAAACAUCAUGCUACAGUUAUUGUCCAGAUCGACCCUGAAGCCCCAGAUCACUGUCUUAAAAGAGGUAGAACAGGGUAAAGUUCAGACAACAGUAUUAGAAGUCGCAGUCAACCAGCCAGCAUCAACGAACCAAGACAAAGAUCAAAGUGUACAGAAACUCAUCGAAAGCUUGCUUGUUCAAGAUAAGCUGAUGAAGAAGGGGAUCAUCAUGCAGGAAUCUGAUGGAGGACAUGUAGAGAUGACUGUUUACUCACUUCUCUGUCAAACUAAAAUGGAUAGUCAAGAGAUUACAAGGGGAGAUGUGAAGUCAACUAUAGGCAACCUGUUAGCUACUGCUAACAAUCAGAGGACAACCGCUUCAUGUAGACUAGAUGAAAAUGAAAAGGGAAAUGUGGACUUAUACAGGAGUUGCAUCGAGAAAGGAGAUCUCCAAAAACUGAAGAGUCUUCAAAUACAGCAAUCAGAAUUGGAUGAACUUGACCUCAUGACAAAGGAACAGAUUGAGAUUGUGCAAGGCGAUGUGAAGGAGGCGAAGAAAAAUCUUCAGAAACAGAAGGAUCAAGUGGAACGUACCAUUUCAGACGUCUUACCAGGGGAUGUGAAGAAUGCCAAAAGAGUAUUUUCUACAGAGGGUUCCAUUGACCUUAGUGUUGAAAACUGCAUUUCUAAAGAAGAGAUCAUCUGUGGGGAUAUCUCCUCAGCUAAGCAGCAACUUGCUUUAAAACAGACUCUCUCUAUGGAAAAGGAGGAAAUCGUAGCCGGUGACAUCAAAGCUACUCUGCAGUCUUUAGAAAGAGCAAAGCAACAGAGUAUGCACUUGGAGCGCGAUACCAUAACCCCGGGAACUAUCUAUGACAUGGAUCUAGCAACACAGGGGCCGGAAUCAGAGGGAAACCAGACACAGAAAGAGGAAAUUGUAUCGGGAGAUGUGAAGGCAGCGAAGCAGUCCCUUGAGCUGGCAAAGAACCAGAGUCUAUGUGUGGAGCGUGACAUCGUCGUGCCGGGAAAAAUAUACAACGUCAACAUCUCAUCUCAAGGACAGAGCUCGACGACAGUGAGGCAGUCUGCGUCUUCGUCAACCUCCAGAGGCCAGCGGAUCACGACGACUUUCCGAAAGGUCAGUGAUGCAGAAAGAGAUCAGGAGAAAAUUGAGGCUUGCCAACAGGGCUACGUGUCAAGGAGUUCAGAUGUCAUACAUGUUAGCACAGCGGAUUCACCGCCAGCGGUCUCCGGCAGCACACAAACCCACCCUUAUGUAAACUCAGAGUUUGAUGAUAUUGAGAGGACAGGGACAGAAGAGGCAGAAGCAGAAGUGGUGAGAGGAGAUAUAAAAGCUGCUAUUAGGUCUCUGCACAGUGCUGCGACAGAGCAGAGACCGCUAGUAGACAAACAGGAAAUUGUAAGAGGUAAUAUGCAGAUGGCGCUGCAAUAUCUUGAAAAGUCUAGUAUAAAUGUAUCCAAAGGAGACUAUAAAGCUGCCAUGCUAUACAGGAACUCAGGUUAUGCAGGGAGCAGAAAGAAAAGGGAUGCAGAGACUGUGAAAAAGCAGUGUGUUGUAGUAUCUAUGCCUCCAUCUGACACUGAAUUGUCUCCUUCGGUUUCAGUAACCCUUGGCGAACCGCCAGCCAGCGCAGCACAGACUUCAGCAACUGUCACUUUUACAAAUCUUGAUGAAAACCCUAAAACACCCUCCACUGAAGCCCUAAGACCACCUCCACUUCCUCCCAAAGCAAAUGACAAAACACAAUACCAGAAGCCGGCUCUACCACCAAAACCACAAUGCUCAAAACAAACACCCAGCUACGCAACAGAUAAUUCCACCCCUCCUCCAAAAACACCUAGUGCGAUUAAAGGUAACCAGCAAAGCCCAGUCAUUCCCCCAAAAAUGAAACCAGGGAACCCAUCUCCCCCUCCUCUGCCUCAGAAACCUUCAUCAAAUAGACAACAAACCACAAAGGACUCACAACCCAAAUGUAUUAAUAAAGCAAAGCAGAACUCACCUCAGGCCAGUGCUACCAAUAACAUCCCAGCCGAGUACAAAAAGUCAGUUCAGCUUAAGCAAAAGCGGGAACAGAAAAACAUCGGAACAACAUUGGCAGUUGAUCAUCAUUCGGCCAUGUCAAAUGGCACUGAAAAUGAGAUGGACAGAAACGUAAUACAGAAAAUCAAUGCAGCAAAAGAGAUCCGAAUGUGCAUGCAGAGCUACACAGAAGAUGGUAAUGUACAACAGGAAAUAAACACAGACUUUCAGGUCGCAAUCCAAAACUUCAUGGGGAAGGAGAAGAAUGUUGUGGACACAGCCCCUGUGCUACCAAAUAAGAUCAAUGUAAUUCGGGAAAAGGUCAGCCAAGAAAAACAGGUCACCAAAAACACCAACAUGCAACAGGAGAUAAACCCCUCUACUGUGCAGCAGGGGAGAACAGAUAUUCACAAUCAGGGCUGCAAUACAGAUCUCCAAGAACCCUACUCCCCAACUACGACAGAGAGACUUUCAAUGAGCCAACAUAACAGUGACAAGCUGCCAGGAGGAGCAUCCAUAACAGUGACGAGCUGCCAAGAGGAGCAUCACCAGAGACCUGAGGACAAAGUAGUUCUGAGGAAGAAGAAAGAAAAGAAAGAGACAGAGGACCAGCGACGUCAGAGGCUGUCUGUUCACAAAGAUGACAUUAUGAGAGGGAACGUGAAGGCAGCGAUGGAGAUAUUCGAGAAUCUGAGGAAACGAGAGGAACUCAAGACGAUCCUGUCUCAAGUUCAAGAGAUAGAGGGAGAGACCAGGGAAGUGGAUGUCAGUUCAUUAAAGAGCUUAUUCGAGAAUGUACCCGCUUGGAUAGUCACGCCUUGUAAACAUACAAAGCAAAGUCACACAAAAGGGGAAAAGAAAGUUGAAAUAGAGUCAGUGAGCAACGAUAUGGAAAGUGGAUCUUCGGUAGAGACUGUAUUCGGAGACCUAGAAAAGGCAAGCAGAGAUAUAAUGCAUUUGAAAGAGCAGACGUUAGCAAAACUUAUUGACAUAGAGGAGGCGAUCAGAAAGGCUUUGUAUUCUGUAUCCAAUUUAAAAUCUGAGGCUGAUAUCGCAGGUUUAUCAGGACUCUUCAACGAAUCCUUGCAGACCGAGCAAAGCCAUCAACCCACCAACAACAUAAGAAAAAUCAGUAUCGCAUCCACCAAGGCCACUAAGGCCAAAACAGAACCAGCUAGGGAGGCAUCUGAGGGGAAAACGAAAGGUGUAUCAGGAUCGUCAAAAAGAUCAGAGUCAGCCUCACUCUCUCCGGUACUUGACAAGCCUCAAAUCAAACAAAGCUCUACCUCUCCAUCCUCUCCAUCAUUCAUCUCCAUUCACUCUGCUGCCAGGAAGCCUGUAGAACAGCCAAAGUCACCACAGCCACAGUUCUCAUCAUUCAAGCCUAAACCAGAGCGGUGUCCUUCCCCAAGCUCUCAUGGAGCCAAUGAUGACCUGGGUCAACAAUCUGCCUCUGAUUCCCCAAACCACUUCUACAGUCCUGCUAGUCCAAGACGAAAGGUCAGCAUUUUGGAGGUUCAAACUGUCCCUGAGACUGUUCCUGCCGGAAUCAUUGGCACAAAAACGGUCAGUGAGAAAUACGAGGAGAUGGACUGCUUCGGCAACACAUUCGUCUCGUCAAAGACUUCGACGUUUGUCACGAAGCACUCUGAGAAGUUUGGAGUAGUCACCAGUCCAACCAGGUAUGAAGUCGUGACAUCCCCUAUCAUGCAAAGGUCUGGUCAUCCCUUUUCAGAAAACGCCAAAGAAGGUGGUACGGUUUUUGUAACAUUUGGUCAACCAAAACCUGGAAAACUUUGAAAUGACACAUUUAAUGUAGCAUGGUUUGCAAAAACAAUUUAAUUGAUGUAUUAUUGUAACCCACAUGUAUCCAGUAUGGCCCAUUUAGUUAAUUAUGUCAUAUAAAUAUUUCUUCUUAGCUGCAAAUGAUGUUACCAUAAUUAUUAAAAGAUUUGUAUAGACAGUAUUGGUGUUAAAUUGUGUCUCAUGGACUUUUUGAACUGUAACUAUAGUCAAAUGUUUUGUCCUUUUAUCAAAUAAUUGCAAUAUGUUUGAUAUAUUUUCUGUUGUGUAAAUUAUCAAUAAAUAGUGUAUUAAAUAAUGAUAUUUACAUUUGA